AUGAGUAAGGUACAACAGCUGUCAGCAGCAGCUGUGCAACUAGCUGACCGCUGUGGGGGAGUUCUACCAGCAAAUAGCACUUUGCGGAAGGAGCUACCAGUUCUCUUGUCCGAUGAUCAAGCGAAUGAGCUCUACAAGAAAGGGAUGCAACACUUGGAAAUUUACGGGUAUUUGAAUUCCUUGAGUGCAGCUCAAGCCGGGGUCCGUGGACAUGGGGUGCUCAACAGGGCAUUGUGGCUAUUGCUCCCGAAGCAUCACCAUUUUAUGCAUAUGCUGGAGGAUGCCCGAACAUCGAAAAUCAAUCCAUCUUGGUAUACCCUUCUUUGUGCCGAGUCCUACAUUGGGCAGAUGGGUAGGUUGAACGUUUUGGCCGUGACGUUGGGCUACUUAUCCACGGCAGUGCUGGCGUAUUUGGCCUUCGGUCCCACUCUCACCGGCUUCCUACCCACAAACCUGCAAGACGUGCACACUGGGGAUGGCUUCAUCCUGUCCUUGAAUGUCCUGCUCAUCGUGAAUACCAUUGCUUUGGGCGCCAUCUACAUACAAGCGGGCUUCAACAUGGUGGAGGACAUCAUCGAGGGCCUCACUUCUCGGUCCUUCCUCUUCCGAUUCUUAUCUUUGCGCAUACCUUGGGUGGCGAGCGCCACCUUUAUUGCCGUCGCGUUGCCUUUCUUCGGGGAUCUGGCAGGGCUCAGCGGGGCCAUUGGCUUUACGCCGAUGACCUUCGUUCUCCCAUUCCUGCUAUGGGAACGCAGCGAAUAUGGCGCCAGGCUGACAUCAUCUGACAUCGCGAUGGAUGCCAUCUUGGGCAUCAGCUUUGCGACCAUGGGCGUGGCGGCCUUUGCGGGAGCUUUGUACUUGGUGAUCCGGGACUCCUCGACAUAUCAAUUCUUUAGCUAAGCAGCAGCCAGUGUCCUUUUGCUGGUUGAAUCCAACCAAUGUGAAGCAUGGUUCGGUGAGUUGUACAGUUGGUUGGUGACCCAAACACCAGUAGUAGCAGAAACGGCCAAGUUGGGAUUUCCGG